GCUUCAAACCCGUACCUCCCAACAAGAACUGGCGCAGUGACAUCAGGCGGUCGCUUCCGAUGCCCCUCCUGUAGACAUGAGGUGGUCCUGGACAGGCACGGUGUCUACGGCCUGCAGAGGAACCUGCUGGUUGAGAACAUCAUUGAUAUGUUCAAGCAGGAAUCCAGCAGCAGCAAGCCAGCGCCAGAGAGAAAGGAGGAAAUGCCCAUGUGCGACGUUCACGCGGAYGAAAAGAUCAACAUAUUUUGUGUAACCCACGGUGUGCCCACCUGCUCCAUGUGCAAAGUGUUCGGGGAACACAAAGACUGUGAGGUGGCUCCCAUCAGCAGCAUCUACCAGACGAAGAAGACGGAGCUCAGUGACGGGAUUGCCAUGAUGGUUGGAAACAACGACCGGAUUCAAGGCAUCAUCAGUCAGCUGGAGGAAGCCUGUCGAGCCGUAGAGGAGAAUGGCAGGAGGCAGAAAACUGUGGUGUGUGAGAAGUUCGACCAGCUGUACUCUGUCCUGGAAGCAAAGAAAAGGGAGAUGAGUCAGAAGGUGACGGCCGAGCAGGAAGAGAAGGUGAACUAUAUCCGAAGCCUGACGAGGAAAUACAGCGACCACCUGGAGGAAAGCUGCAAGAUAGUGGAGAUGGGGAUUCAGACGAUGGAGGAAGCCGAGAUGGCUUUGUUCCUUCAGAACACAAAGCCCCUCCUUAAAAAGAUUGCAGAUGCGUCCAGUACUGCACAUCUUGAUCAAAUUGAGAGAGGUUAUGAGAAAAUGGAUCAUUACAAAGUUGACUUCAGGAAGGAACGCAAGGCCCUGCGCACCAUCGAUUUCAUCCAAGACGAGGACGAUGAGGACGAGGAUGCAGAGGCAAAAGAAGAGGCUCAGAUUGUUUCGGCAGGUGAUGUGGUUUCUGCCCCCCAGCAUCAUCCUCCCACUCAAACAACACUUUGAUCAAAAAAAGGAGGGGGGGGGGACUGUUUCUCCUUGUUGAUUCCACGUCAGCUGUGAUACGUUUAGACUGUGAGAGCUGUGCCAAAACGAGACGCCUGAGCCCAGAGUAGGGGAGAUCUAAAGAAAGGAGACCGUAGCGCCCCAUCAGUCCACAUCACUUCUGACUGAUCUCAUUUCCUUUUAUCUGAUUUAAUAUUCAUGAUUUUUAAUUUGUCCUUUUCAUUUUGGACAGAAUUAACGACGCCGAGGCCGUUUCCCAGAUGUGCUCAUACAUUUUUUAUGUCGAUGACCUUUUUUGCAACUGGUUGCUUARACCUGCAUCAUCAGAUGCCACAACAGUCAAACUUUUCGUCAUGAUCGUAUUUUUUUAUAAGAGAGCGACGAAAAGAUCACUCUGGCAUUUUAAAAAAAAAUCCUGCUGCUCGUUGCAUUCUUUAGAUUAAACAUUUCUUUUUCCACUUUACAACAUAUUCUUUAUGUUAUCGAUAUAAGGAGGUGCAUUUCUUUGAGUCCUUCGAAUAGAUGGAUCUUUGCCACUUAUUCACUUUGUUGGCAUUUAUUCCAGCUGGACGCAUUUCUCAGAUACUUUUACCUGCAAAAUAUCCACACRGGAGACUGCAGCGUGUUCUCACUCUGCUGGAACUUCAUUUAGUUCAUGCCUGACUCUCAUCUAGUGGCGGCACAGCUUCACUCAGUCAGUUGGAUCCUUUACAAAAGGACCCAAUGCGGUGCUGAGCUCCUAUAUUAAACAGAAGAGGAUGACUCACUCCACACAGUGUUUGUUUAAGUAGCCUGACUCUGGAGGUCAAAGAUCAAAACACACACACACACACACACACACACACACACACACACACACACACACACACACACACACACACACACACAUAUAGAGUAUUUCACACUUAUUAUUAGUGUUGCAUCUUAGAAACACGUCUUGUUAUAAUGAGGACUGCCUCUUGAGGAUUAAUGUUGAAGAAGAAGAAAAAAAGCUGCAUCCAGCCUGCGUCAGCUGGAGCUCCUAAAGGACAUUGCUUUACAUCUGAUGCAACUAUGUUUUUGUGUGUUUCUUUGCCAUAAAAAACUGUAUUUUCUCUGCACAAAGUUGACAGUUUCCGCACUGUUGUCUAUUUUUAAAUAUCAGUUUUGGCCAAAUGCAGUGAACCUGUUUACUUUUUAUUAUCUAGGAUUAUAAAUGCACCUAAAAAGAAACACGAUAAGUGUAUUAGAUGAGCAAUUUUUAUUGGUGUUUUUAUAUGUAAGGAUAUUGACAGAGAAGUGUAAGCGUUGCUUAUAUUUGUUUUAUUAAAAAUAUAGAUGUAAGA